AUGGGCUGCUCUGCUCCAAAACCCGAGCGACUGGCUCAAUCUUCCCACAAUCCAAUCCGGACGUCAUAUUCUCUCGCAAAUGUGUUCACGUACGCACCUGCGCCUGGCGUAGGUACCAUUUUAUUGGAUAAGGACAGGAGACACUCAGUUCUCGGGUUUGUGGACGGUGGCAGGCAAGUGCAAGUCGUGAACUCAGCUCCCUUUGUGUCUGGGACACGACAGUACUUCGACACAACAGAGUUAGGCUACAGGGAUGGAUCUGAUCGUCUUAGGAAUGUCGGACAUACAGAGCGGAAUGCUUGCCUAGUGAGAAGGGAAGUCGAGUCAUCCAAUUUUCUUGUAAUUCGGCCACAAUAUGACUACCAACCCUCUUCAUGUACUAUUUUGGAAGCGCAUUUGGGUUCCGAUCCGUUGCGCGGUAUUUUGAAGGUGACCGGAAAUCUGUUCACCGAGCUUGGCAAUUUGUCUGUGAAUGCGUCGUCAACAAUCGAAGUGACGUCAUCGGCGCUGCAGCGGGUCGGCAUUCAGAUACCUCAGAUUGGCGAAUCAGCAGAUAUAGCACAAACCAAGGUUUUUGAAACUUUAGUCCGCAGUCCUUUUUACGCAAGCACGAUUGUGGAUCAGCAGAUGUCCGACGCCAUCAGCUCACGCGUUACAAACACUCAAAAUUGGAAAAUAGGUAACUACGGAGCCAAGUCGUCACUCCAACUAGAUCCUUGGAAGGAACAAUCAAAUAUCUGCAAUGAAGGAGGUUACGCAAAGUGGCCAGAAGUUGAUGCCAUUCCGUUGGCAACAAAAAAGACGGUCAUCAAAAUAUUGCAUUGGUUCUUGGACAAGCGCGGUGGAGCUGAAAUGCCGUCUCCAACCCUAUGGCGGGCGGUUUCACAGCCAAGCGGGUCAGAAGACGCAGAAGAAUCACUUCAGGGAUCCAUGGCCAUCAACAGAAUGACAACGAACAAAGCCUCAACAACGAAUCAGUAUCCGGUGGAAGCACUAUCCGAUCUGAAACCUGUUCGGGUGUGCAAGGAGCUGCUGUUCGCUGAAUCCAUUAUGCCAUCCACAGAACAUUCACUUGCUUGUGCUAACAACGUCUUGUUAGCCUCUUCUUCCUGUCCGAGUGGGCAAAUGCCAAGUGUGGUUUGUCUGUUGAGACUGGGGACUCUCGAGGAGCAAAAGUUUUCUGAAAGUUCUUCGACAGUUCACGAUCGGUUCCGCCCUUCUUGGGGCUCAUCAGGUGGGCGCAGUCCCCGAGUUUCCGUCAACCUCAUGUUCUACUUGAAACCAAAUUACACGAAAUUAGCGGAAUACACGCAUUUUCGAACAAAUUUGAUUUCGCGAGAGCAAACCGCCCUGGUUCAGCACAUUCACUUGCCAAGACAUACCAUAAACGAGGGAUUCAGCUGGGUUCCAGAGACCGUCAUACCCCAUGACACGCCAGACAAAUUGUGUCCCAAUCCACAUGAGUCGGAAUAUGGUGAAGCACGUUCAUCGAUCAACCAUUCCGACACCAAUCUAGACGCAAUUUUGCAUCGUGUUGCCCAGGUUCCCUGUCGUUGUGCGCUGGACUUGAGUCGGGGUGAUAUCGCCCAACACCGACAUGAUACUCAUCCCUUUGGGCAUAUCAAGAUCCGUCGGACUGUGGAAGUCACACAAGACGUCCGCCGCUGGUAUGAAUGUGAGGGAGAGCGAUCGUCCUCAGUAGCUCGGCAGGUUGGACGACAAUCCCUGU